AUGUCUAAUUCCCCACUUACAAAAGUACCAACUUCAGCAUUCUCUCCUGUUUAGGCAUUGUCUGUUAGGAAAUAAGAAUAAAUACCUUAGGCACUGUCUAAAUAAGCCAUAGAAUUGUAGAACACCUUGAAUAAACUCAAAGAAGCAAAAUAAAAAAAACAACUUUCAAAUUCUAAUAUUGUAGUUUAAUCAAUAAGUAACUUCUGAUAUGAGCUAUAGCAAAUCCAGUUAGCAGUCCUUAAAAAAAUAAACAUACUGAAGAUUCAGAACCUAUACAAAUUUAAUAUAAAUCUUUAUUUAAGGAUAUUGAAUCACCAUAAAUCUGUUAACCGAAGACUUACAAUUAAAUGAAUGAUUAAGAAGCUGAAUUAAAGUAUGAAGAAAGGAAAAAAUAAAUAAAAGAAUAAAUAGAUAGAACUAAAUCAAACAGUAAAAUAAUUUAGAAACCUAAAUCAAGUUAAAAGAAGACUGUUGAAAAGUAAAUUCAAAAAAUUGAUCUCUCUAAAAAUUCUAAUAAAAAAUAAUAAUAAGAACCUGUUUCUAAAAUAUAAAGCAUUACACCACAGCCUAAAUACAUUUAACAUGAACAGAUUAAAGUUAUGCAAAAAAAAUUAAAAUCAGAUAUAGCUAAACUUGAUAAAGAAAUCUAAGGUGAACAUUAGACUUGUCUUUUUGAAAUUAAGAAUAAAGGUCAUGAUUUAUAUUAAUAAGGGUUAUUAAUUGAAGAUAGAAAGUACCUAAAUUAAUUAAUUAUUCAAGAUAGUUUAAAAAAAAACUACAUGAAAGAGAAAAACAAUAAAAAGAGAUGUAAGAAUGUACAUUCAAACCACAAAUAAGUUAGUUAAAGAGAAUGAAAAAUCAAUCUCGAUAAAUAGAGUCAAGAUAACAAUAAAAUGAAUCUAAAUAAUAAAUUAAAUGUUAGAGUAACAGAGAUGGUUAAAUAACUUCGAAAAGAUUAUCUCGUUCUCAAUCAUAAGAUUAAAUUAAUAGUACAACUAUAACAUAAACAAUUAACAAUAAUAAUGAUAUCAAUUGUAAUUCAUAUAAUAAAUAAAUAUAUUAGCUUACUUAAACAGAAUUCAAGAUAAAUAUUAAUAGAUAGUUAAUAGAGCCAAUGCUUUAAAACUUAAAGGGCUUUGA